CCAACUAGAAAAAGCAAACAAAAUUCCUGAAAGUUAUUUAAAAAAAUGGAAAACGUUCUAUAGUUUUUUACAAAACGAUAAAUUAAAUAUCAAAAUUCAAAUAAUGGCUAGUUUCGGUGAAUGGUUCUAUGAAAAAGUUAUGUUCUUUUUAAUCGGUAAGGAUACAAAUACUACAAAUCUUCCAAAUGGAUUUAGAGCGAGUGAAAUACCAGAUAAAAUCGAACAAUGGAUUAAUGAAUUGCAAAUAGCAGCUAAACAUCCUGACGAAGUCUUUGUAGAAGAAAUGUUAUUAGCUCAUGAAACUUUAUCUACAGAUGAGUUUAAUGAUUUAAUAAAUAGAAUUGAAAAUGGAUUAGUAAAAGCACUAGAUGCAUUUAAACG